AUGGAACGGAUUAAUGUAGGAAUGCUUGUUGAUAUACGUCGCUCGGAUGGUCGUGUUCAUAGUGCUACUAUUUGCGAGGUUCGCGAAGGAACGCAGUCAGUCACAGUAGAGUGGUUCGAGAAUGGUGAAACAAAAGGUAAAGAAAUUGAUUUAAAAGCUUUAUUGGCUAUUAAUCCAACGCUAACCACUACUCAACUUUCAUCCAUGAAUUUCGUUUCACUUGCUUCUGAAGAAGAAAAUACAUGUGAAUUUGUUAGAGCAUCCGAACUUCAGCUGAGGACUCAAAACAAUACUGAAGAAAUGCGUCGUCUAGGAAUGCCUUUUUCACGAACUAGUGAUAUUGGUACUUUUUAUACUACAGCAGCCAGAAACGGUGGUGGAUUUAGAACGAAUCUAAGUGGUUACAAACGGGUUAGCAGCCUGCAAACACCCAAUAAACCCUCCAAGCAAAAUACACAUCGUUUUCCUCUUGAUCAAUCAUGUCUCGAAUUUGAUUUUUUGACAGGAUCUUCAACGAGUGGUGCAGUACAAAAUAUGGCCAAGUUUGGUCUGAGUCAAAACAUUCAUAAACCUUCAGUUGUUCGAGAAAUUGGGCGUCUGCAAAGGAAUCGUGAAGAACGAAUUGCUCAACUGGUUAAUUUUUGUUUUUAAAU